CGAGAUUCACCUGCUACACGCGGUUAGGCGUGCAUCCGAGCUUCCUCACACAACUACUGAACGCUAACGACGAGAGCUGCUGCGAGUUUGGCCAGCGCUUUGCAAGCCUGCGCAUCAGUAGAGCCACUCCAGCUUUGUGGUCGAGCCACAGCGGUCGAAAAUGCGGCGCCACACGUCGUCGCCGACCGACGUGACCGCCCCGCUCCUGCAAGACGACAAGGCGAAACCGGCAGAGAAGCCAUCAAACCGCUUAGAACCAGCGCCGCCCGCCAUUUGCUACCUCGUCGCGGUCGCGUACGUCUACCUCUGCGACCAGGGCAUUGAACAUUGUAGACGCUUGCAGAAGACGGGGCGGACCGACGUCGGCGAGUUGAUGAUUGAGUGGUGUAUACUGUUAGUGGUCUACUCCAUUGAAACGCUACUCGCAUACAAUGGUAUGACAACGUUAUACCGAUGGAAUAAACAAAACUACGUCGAGCACCACCUGCCCCUCGUAUUAGGCAGCGUGCUCUGGGUCCUACUGGGAGUCGAUCCAGCAAUCCACCGGGAGUGGGCGGCCUUGACGUUAGCGAUCUCGUUCAUCGAGGCGUCGGCCGCGUUGUUGGUGCACCAUCCAUCAAAAAGGUGGCACGCCUUUCGAUUAGGAUUGAAUGCAAUAGUGCAGCUGGACCUGUUGUGCGCGGACCUGUGGUCCUACUGGCGGCACGUUUCUUCCGAUACGUGGACGUGGCCGUCGCUUCUCCUGACGCAGGGCCUCCUCGCCGCCGCGGCGACGCAUAUUUAUUAUGGGCAGGGCAUCGUCCGCGCGAUCUCUAGACGGGGGCGCCAGGAGCGCGAGCUCGCGGGGCUCGGGUGUCUGGUGAUGCUGGGGGUCGGGCUGUGGAUCUCGCCUUGGUAA